AUGAAAUGGGCUACAGAUGUUUGUAGGGCAGAUGCUUCAACCGAAGGGUUUAUUGGAGAAAAGUCGCAGUCCACAGAUGUGGCUAUGAUGUUAGAUGACCAGGGAGAGGACGAAGAGGAUGAGCCUGCUUCUCCCACGCCGAGUCUAGAUGGACAGGACUCGGACGGGGCUCUUCCAGAGGAUUGCUGCCAGGACUGUGGAGAGCAGACAGUCGAGUGCGACGGAUGCUCCAACCAUUCGUGCCCCGGGACCAGUUGCGACGACAGGCUGCACCCCUGCGAGUUCUGCUCCUCGGAUUGUUGCGACAACUGCAUCGAGGAAGAAUAUUGCUCUAAAUGCGAGAAGUGGGUCUGUAGGGUGUGUGUGAAGGAGGAUUCGAAAAUAUGCCCUGGAUGUGAUGGACUGCUUGACCGGGAGGCUACUGAGUUCGGAAUCGAGAUCGAUGUCAUUGCAUACUCUGUGGACGAUGACGACUUCUUCGACGUAUAG